AAAUUUUGUUAUUUCAUUUGUUUAUCAAAACGAAUGCAAAGAAGAUACUAAAAUACUAAAUAGAAUUUUGGGAUCGCGUAAUGAUAUACAAAAAAAGACACUUUUUAAUGUAAUCAGCAAAGAAAACUUGCAACUGGCGUUAAGCUGUCAAACGGACAGAGAGCAAAGUCCAAGAUCAAGUAGAAGAGACACAAUAAGCAGAGCUACGGAAACAUAGAAAGUGCGGAAAGAUAACACAGUUCGCAAGUCGUAAUUUGGAGCAGGUAACGAAAUAUUUCGGGCAUGGCGACCAACUUUCGGAACACAACCCUCAAUGAGGAACGAAUAUUUGGCAAUACAAGUGGACUAAACACGUCAGCUGGAGUAAUUCCUACGAAUCAUCCGCCACCUUUGCCACCGAGACCACAGUUUUCGGGUGGUGGGGGAGAUAUGAUGUUCGGUAAUCGGUAUGGAUUUCCUGGCCAAUCUGGAUAUCACAGCUACAGCCCGUACGGAGGAUAUUCCUCUAUGGAUUAUUAUGGCCACAGGAGCUACGGUGGAUAUGGAGGGUACGGUCAAGGAUAUGGAGGAGGAUACGGUAACCCCGGUGGUGGGUUCAAUUACCCGGAACACAGGUUUAUUCAGUUAGCCGAAGAAAGUUCGCGACCCGCCUUUCAGAUCCUUGAAUCGCUCGUCGGCGCAGUUGGCAAUGUGGCGACGAUGUUAGACUCUACCUUCUUUGCCGUCACCAGCUCAUUCCGUGCCGUGCUGAGUGUGGCAGCAAAUUUGGCGCACCUGAAGGGAACGUUUGCCCAGUUCUGGUCAUCUUUGGCUGUUGUGCGAGCGGCCGUGUGGUUGUAUAAAAAGAUGCUGUACAAACUGAGGAUAACGAAAACAGAUCCCACGUUGGAGGCAUUCAAAGAAGCGUUUAAUGUAUCUACUGGUAGCGAUGUGAACGGUAACAACAACGGCAGAAAACAUUCAUCCUCACUUUUAGCAGCACUAUUCAUGGGUUUCAUGCUCUCCGUACCCUAUAUGCUGAUAAAACUGUUUGCACCAAAAGUCAGCGAAGAUACUGGUAAGAGGUUUAGCAUCAAUUGCGCUGAUUUACACGCAGCAGGAUUGAUACAAUUCCCCUUUCUUUUUUCUUACCCAGCACUUAGCGAUCCUGCCAUGUGGAACAAUCCAGUGGAGGUGCAGGCAUUGCACAAUUUCGAUGCCUCCAACGCUCAGGAGAUGUCGAUCCGUGCGGGACAAUCGGUGUUACUUGCGCCGAAGCAAAUUCAAACCGACCGACAUUUGCUGAACAGUGGAUGGGUACUAGCGGCUACAGCCGAUCGACGAACGUCCGGAAUCAUUCCAUUAAACUAUGUACAAGCGCUGAAACAAUCUGUCGAGAGUCAGUAGAUAAUUAAAAAUAUUAGCGGGUCUGGUAUCUUACAGUGAUUUCAAUAAAAUGGCUUUUAUUAACCAGCGACUUCUGGCCGAUGUCUAA